CUAUAAAAGCUUUUUCUGAGGAAAAAAGAAGACUAUAAGGGCUGCAGCAGAGGCACAGAUUGUGCUGGAUGUUAGUAGACAUUGCCUGCUGCAGCUCCAUCUCUCCCCCAGCGGCGCUGUACACUCCCGAGCCCUGGUUGCCGGGUACCUACAGCGCAGGCUCCGGUUUUCUUCACGUUAGACACACACGGCUGGGGCUCUCCAGGAUCGCGUGGCCGCACUUCGGGAGAUGCUAUGACAUGGUGCAUUAUGGACAUUCCAACCAGCUCCGCCAGGCACGGGCCAUGGGAGAUUACCUGAUUGUUGGAGUACACACAGAUGAGGAGAUUUCCCGUCACAAGGGGCCACCUGUCUUUACCCAGGAAGAGCGCUACAAGAUGGUGCGAGCCAUAAAGUGGGUGGAUGAGAUCGUAGCCGGAGCUCCCUAUGUGACCACUCUGGACACGCUGGACAAGUACAACUGCGAUUUCUGCGUUCAUGGAAAUGACAUCACUCUGACUGUAGAUGGUAAGGAUACGUAUGAAGAGGUGAAGCUGGCGGACAGAUACAGGGAAUGUCAGCGCACACAGGGAGUGUCAACUACUGACUUGGUGGGAAGGAUGCUACUCAUGACAAAGGCCCAUCACAGUGUAGAAGCUACCCAAGAUUAUAAGCGCCACCAGGACAAUUUUGGUAAGGAUGCCAGGGGUCAUAGUCCAUGGACAGGGGUGUCUCAGUUCCUUCAGACAUCACAAAAGAUUAUGCAGUUUGCCUCAGGAAAGGAGCCUGAACCUGGAGACUGCAUUAUAUAUGUGGCGGGAGCCUUCGAUCUGUUUCAUAUUGGUCAUAUAGACUUCCUGGAGAAGGUACACAGCUUGGCACAGAAGCCAUAUGUCAUUGUGGGAUUGCAUUUUGACCAGGAAGUCAAUCACUACAAGAGGAAGAAUUAUCCCAUCAUGAACAUCCACGAGAGGACGCUGAGUGUGUUGGCCUGCAGGUAUGUUUCGGAAGUCGUCAUUGGGGCUCCAUAUUCAGUCACUUCUGAUUUACUGGAUCAUUUCAAGGUUGAUCUUGUUUGUCAUGGAAAGACGGAGGUUCUGCCUGACAAGGACGGGUCUGACCCCUAUGCAGAACCUAAGCGCCGCGGCAUAUUCAAGAUGAUAGACAGUGGCAGCAGCCUCACAACUGAUGAUAUUGUACAGAGGAUCAUAAAAAACAGGUUGGAGUAUGAAGCUCGAAAUCAGAAGAAGGAAGCGAAAGAGUUGGCCCUGCUAGAGGCACAACAGAGACGAGAGAGAGUCAUAGAGGGACAAGAAAACUGAAACCUUCCUGAACACACACACUCUCUCUCGCUCUCUCUCUCUCUCUCUCUCCCUCCCUCUCUCUCACACACUACUGUCUGCUUUCUAAUACAAUGACUUUACUACUCCAUCAUCCCAGCAGCUGUAUGCCAGGCAUUCUCUCACCUGCAUUACACCAGUAAUGCUAUAGGUGAUGUAAGGAUUGUAUGCGCUCAGUGGUUUCUGUAUAAAGUGUGGCCUGCACCCAACCUAGUAUAGGUCCCCAACUAAAUCACUGCCAUAUAAAACGACAUUGGUGUCUUACAAAAACUGGAUUACUCUAGGCCAGGGAUUACCAACCACGUUCCUUAAGGCACACUAACAGUCCAGAAUUUAAGGAUAGCCAUACUUGAGCAUAGGUGACCUAAUUAGCACCUCAGUUAUUUGAUAUGGAUAUCACUAAAACCAGGACUAUUAUUGUGCCUUGAGGACCAAUAUUGGGAAUCACUGCUCUAGGCAAUUGUAUGUUACAGCAAUUAAAAGUAACUUUUUUAUAUUUUAUCUGAAGCUAAAGUGGGAAGGAGGAAGAAUGCCUGUUAUCAUUCUAUGUACAUACUAUCCCAUUGGCAUUGCAGAGGAACAGCCACCAAAGAUGCAGUAGAUAGCAGCUGUCUUAGAAAGACGUGCCUGUCUUUUUAUGUAAACCGUUUCAUAUUCUCCUAACUUGUUCAUUCAAGCUGACUGGGCCACUGUAGAUGCAACAUAUGGUUGAAGAAUGAUUUCCUUUCAUUGUUCCGUACCAUGUACAGCCAAUAGAAAGGAUAUUAUUUAUUGCACUGUGCAAACUGGACCGGUCUUGCAUAGCACCACUCCUAUGAUUCCUGAUGUAGGGAGAGGGGGUGGUGCAGUGUAGCAGGGCUGCAAAAGUCUCCUAGUAGAGUGUGUUUCCUAUCUCCACAGAUGUCUAUAUUAAGGGUUAAAUAACAGAACUGCCUGCAGUGUCCAGCACAGCCACCAGGGGACAACCCCAACAAUUUAAACUAAAUCAGCUGUUAUUGUUUCUAUUAUAUGUAUACGGUAUAUGUGUACCUUGCUGGACAAUAUAUACAGUCUGGGCUCUAAACAAAUGCUUGCUUUGUGUGCAGCUGUCUGUUAUUAUGAAUAAUACAAAACUGCUUUUACUGGGAAA